CAUAACAUAAAGUUGUAUGUAGGUAUUAUAAAUUAAGAUCCUAUAAUGCCCCCUAAAAGUAGUCAACAAGUUAAGAAAACAUUAUGGUUGGAGUGCGAACACUGUGGGAGAAGUAUAACCUCCAACGAUAAGAAUACUCACGUGGAAUCUAAAUGCGAGAAAAACCAAGUGAAGUGUCCUUAUGUGGAAGAUGGGAAGCUCUUCACUUGGCUGGAGCGGGCCGGCUCUCCACCGGAGGGUGCGCCUAAGGACGCUGUGUUGAUACAUCCGUCUGCUGGGUCUCUCAUAGGUGCCGUAAUUGGAGGGCCUUUAGAGUUGAGCAGGCAGGGAGCGCCAAUACUAGUGAAGCGUAUGUGGCCGUCUAAAGCUUCGGCACCAGCUGCCGUUAUUCUGCCCGCUGCUGAUCUUUCUGGAGCUUGGUGCAAGGACAGCAUAAAGGAUGUUACAGUGUCAGUACUUGAAGGCCAGAUCCCCAAUGCCAGCUAUGUAACGGUUAGGAUAAAAAACCACAAGACAAACACUGAUAUUUGUGACAUAUUGAAACAUCAUUUUUACAACCACUUUAUCAGUGUUGGUAGCAUUUUAGUGUACUAUUACUUUGGUAAGAAGUUGCAAAUAGAGGUAUUAAGUGUAACAUGUAAUGAACAAAAUGAUAAGUUUAAUACAAAUUGGUUUGUUCUCAAAGACAGCACUGUAUGGUAUAUGGAAAAGGAAGUUGUACAGAGAAUUAAGAAAAAACCGGUAGCAUUAGGAGGUGUUGGUGAUAUACUGGAAGAAAUACAAACAUAUAUACAGAUAUCAUUCAACACUGAGGGGUUUGCUUCUAACUUUCAGCCAACCAGAGGUCUUUUGCUCUAUGGGCACUCUGGUAUAGGUAAGACAGCCUUGUGUAAAUAUCUAAUAGAUACAAUGAAUUGUUUUCAUAUAGAAAUUAAUGGACCAGCCAUAUUUAGCAAAUAUUUUGGUGAAACAGAAGGCACUAUGAGAUCUUUGUUUGACAAAGCGAUACAAAAUGAACCAAGUAUUGUUUUUGUUGAUGAAAUUGAAACUAUUUGCCCAAGGCGAACUUCAAGUAGCACUGAACAGGAGAGAAGAAUUACUUCUGCAUUUGUAGCACUCUUAGACAGCUUGCAUGAAGAAAAUCACAGAGUUUUCAUAUUAGCUACAACUAGAAAACCCGACGCAAUUGACUCUAUGCUAAGAAGGUUUGGUAGACUGGAUAAAGAAAUAGAAAUACCAGUUCCAGAUAGAGUAAGAAGAAAAGAUAUUUUAAGGAGUAUGCUUGUAAAUUUACCUAAUAAGGUAUCUACACAUGAUAUUGAGUCAAUUUCAGACUUGGCCCAUGGGUAUGUGGCAGCUGACCUAGUAAACCUCUGUACACAAGCAUCCUUGAAGUGUGUAAAAAGGUCUGGUGAAGCUAUUGAGAAGGCUGAUUUAGUAGCAGCACUCACUAUAGUUAGACCCAGUGCCAUGAGAGAAUUAUUGAUUGAAGUGCCAAAUGUAAGGUGGACUGAUAUAGGAGGGCAGGAUGACUUGAAACUUAAGCUACGACAAGCUGUUGAGUGGCCCCUCAAGCAUGCUGAAAGCUUCCGUCGCCUGGGGAUUCGGCCGCCAGGUGGCGUUCUUCUUUACGGCCCUCCUGGUUGCUCUAAAACAAUGAUCGCAAAAGCGCUAGCUACCGAAAGUGGACUUAAUUUCCUGUCUAUAAAAGGUCCUGAGUUAUUUUCUAAGUGGGUGGGAGAAUCUGAAAAAGCCGUACGAGAUUUGUUCACAAAAGCACGGCAAGUCGCGCCAUCGAUUAUAUUUUUUGAUGAAAUGGACGCCAUAGGGGGCGAAAGAGGAGCAGGCGAGGGUGUGCAUGAGAGAGUAUUAGCUCAGUUGCUGACAGAAUUGGAUGGGGUGGUGCCUUUGAAUUCCGUGACAAUAUUAGCUGCUACAAAUCGUCCCGACAGGAUGGACCGAGCCUUACUUCGACCAGGCCGAUUAGACAGAUUAAUCUACGUUCCUUUACCAGAUUUUGAAACAAGAUUACAAAUUAUAGAGUUAAAGAUUGAGAAAAUGAGUACUAUGGAAGUAAACACUCAUAGCUUAGCAGUUAGAACUGGAGGUUUUUCUGGGGCUGAGCUCCAGGCUUUGUGCCACGAGGCGGCCUUGAAAGCUCUGGAGAAAGACUUGGAUUGUCCUGCUGUUACUAUGGAGCAUUUCGAGAACGUUUUGAAGGACUUCAAUCCUAGAACGCCAGGAACAUUAUUGAAGGUCUAUGAAGAGUUUGCCUUGGGGCAAAAGUCUGGAUAAUGAGUUCCUGUGUUAUUUAGUUGCCUAU